AUGGAUUAUGAGACUCUAAGCGCCAUCAAUCCGAAACUGAUAUAUGCCAGUAUAACUGGAUACGGACAGACAGGACCGUACAAAAACCGAGCUGGCUACGAUGUCAUGGUGGAGGCAGAGUUUGGUUUGAUGCACAUCACAGGGUCCAGAGACGGUCCUCCUGUUAAAGUGGGCGUGGCAGUCACAGACCUGACGACUGGUCUCUACACAUCGAAUGCCAUCAUGGCUGCUAUCAUCGCGCGAGGACGUACUGGAAAAGGGCAGCAUAUUGAUGCGUGCUUGAGUGACGUACAAGUUGCAACUCUUGCCAAUUUGGCAAGUUCUGCCUUGAUCAGUGGAGAAAAGGAUUCUGGUCGCUGGGGCACAGCUCACCCAUCAAUUGUCCCCUAUCGAAGUUACAAGACUCUUGAUGGCGACAUUCUUUUUGGAGGUGGUAAUGAUCGACUUUUCGGUGUUCUCAGUGACCGACUGGGACGUCCCGAAUGGAAGACAGACGAUCGUUUCGGAACAAAUAGCAACAGGGUCAAGAACCGUGUGGAUCUAGAUGACAUGAUAGAAGACAUUACGGCACAAAAGACAACGCAAGAGUGGCUUGAGAUCUUUGAGGGCAGCGGAAUGCCUUAUGCCGCCGUGAAUGAUAUCCAGGGAACUUUGAACCACGACCAUGUGCAAGCGCGUAACAUGGUGACUGAAAUUGACCAUCCCGACUGUGGUCCCAUCAAACUUGUCAACACCCCGAUCAAAUACUCGCAUGCCAAACCUGGAAUCCGGACACCGCCUCCUACCCUGGGCCAGCACACCGAUGAGGUGCUUGGAGGGCUGCUGGACUAUACGGAAGAGGAUAUCGCUUCGUUGAAGCAGCAGGGCAUCAUUUCGUAG